AUGACUACCCGCAAGAGAAAGCAAGAGGCCGAGGAGGAGCUCCAGGCUCUUCCUAGCGACGUGAGCGAAGAGGAGGAAGAAUAUGAAGACUCCGAGCCUGACGUAGAGGAAGGAAGCGACGAGGGCGAACAGGAAGAGGUGGAGGGAGAGUCUGAGUCUGACGAAGACGAGGAAGGAGAAGAAGCAGAAGCAAAACCCGAAGCCAAAGGCAAAGACGAAGACGAAGGCGCCCCGGCAGCCAAGAAGCAGAAGACUGCACCCGUUGUUGUCGAUGACGACGAGGCUGAGAACGGCGCAAAGGGCGAAGAAGACGAGAAGCCCGAUGAGGGAGAAGACGUGGAAGAGAGUGCCGCUGAUACCGCUGCCCAGAGUGAACCUGCCGCCGAUGCCGCUGAGGACAAGGGGGAUGUUGUUCCCAAGGAGUCGGAUCUACCGGAGGUCGAGGCGGCGGAGGAGGAGGAGGAGGAGGGGGAGGAAGAGAAGUGA